AUGGCUGUGCCCACGAUCUGGGUCAAAAUGAUAGGCUAUUUCAAUCAAUAUUUCAAAAACCAACCGACCAAAGCAAAGAAAGCCAGUGACUCGGCUGGGAAGCUGAGAUUGGCAAUCAGUGGCUCAGCUGCGUUGCCUGUAUCGAUCAGAGAUGCUUGGGCUCAAAUAGCCAAUGGGUGUCUGCUGUUGGAACGAUACGGAACGAGCGAGACAGGAAUUACGUACUCUGAAAGACUGACUGCGGGCGGGCGAAUUGAGGGGAGCGUCGGAUGGCCGCUUCCUGGCGUGCAAUCACGACUGAUUACCGCCGACGGGCAGGAUGUGACUAACAUACCCGAUGUUAUGGGCGAGAUACAGAUCAAAACCCGUGGUCUCUUGAAAGAGUACUGGGGAAAGCCAGGUGCAGCAGAGAAAGAGGUGACAUUGGAUGGCUGGUGGAGAACUGGUGAUCUAGCAAUGAUCAAGGCUGAGCAUAACAAUGCCACCUUCAUUCAAGGACGUGCCAGUGUCGACAUCAUCAAGUCCGGUGGCUACAAGAUCUCGGGACUUGAUAUUGAGACGGCAAUGUUAGAAUUGCCAUAUAUCAAAGAGGUGGCGGUUGUAGGCGUACCCGAUGUAGUUUGGGGAGAGGUAGUGGCUGCUAUUUGCGCUCCCGUCCGAGGCAAAGAAGCUGAUCUCACGAUUGUUAAUAUAAGAGAGAACCUGAGGAGUCAGCUCGCGGCAUACAAAUUGCCGCAGAAGUUGCACGUAGUGAAGGAAUUGCCUAGGAAUGAGAUGGGGAAGGUUCAGAAGAAGGCACUACGACAGCAGUGCUUCCCACAGCAACGGGAAACUAAAUUGUAG